AUGAUCGCGCCUCGAGCUGCCCAGGCUGGAGCUGAUCGUGUCGUUUGUGCCUGGGACGGCCGUGCGCGGCGCUGCCGAGUCCCGGCUUGUGCUUCUCCCGGCCAUUCCACAUCCGAUCAACUGGACGGUGCGAGCUUGGAGCGGAUCAUCUUCGAGGUGAGUGUGAGCAAUAGCAAGCCCAGGAUCUCAGAAGUUCUUGUCAGACCACUGACCUUGUCGAGCUCUGAAUGCGCAGACGCACGGCUUCAACGUACCUCGAGCUCGCGCGGUGACGGCAUUCAUAGCGACCAGCUGCCGACGGGUCCAACUGACACCUGGCAAACGGCACCGGGCUCGCGUUCGCGACUCGUCUUGGGCCGCCAUUCCGCACCGCUCUUCCCGCUAGCCACUUUCUUAUCGGAGACACCAUCUAUCAGAGCACUCUCGCUCCCUACGGUUGUGCGGUGGGCCCUGGUGAUCUCAAGGCCAAGGUGAGUGUCUGUUCUUCCUAUCCGCGCUUCUGCUUGCGCAAGUGCCGACGCCGGACUCGUGUGCUGCCAAAGAAACAACUUGGCUCAACUUUCUGUUCGAAACCCUCCACCAGAUUUGAGAAAGACAGCUGGAGGUCUUGAAGGCAUACUGGUGCACGAGACGAGGCGACCGGGCUAGAGUCCAACUUCGACCGCGGGUAAGUCGUCGAAAGCUCGUGAUAGAACGCCCGGACAGGAAUUCGACUCGACGCGCAUUUUCUGACCCGUCUUGACACCCUCGUGAUCUUAUCGCGACCAGCAGAGGAGUUGCUUGAUUUAAUUUGGGCGCAGACGGGUCGCUGCGUCGUCAAUAUGCCGCCUUUCCCUGUAUCGACCCCCGACCCGAAUCGGUCCAGGCUACCCGCGACAUCGGCCUCGUCGCAAGGUUCGACAUCUUCACCGACCUCGUCCGCCGCCCCAUCAAAUACGAGCUCAUCAGGAGGGGGUGGCAACCAAUUCAUCUCGUUCUUGACCAAAGUUGGCCGCGGAUUGGGCAAGGCCAGUGCCUCGGGCGCCGAAGCUUCGGCCACGGGUUCGGCCUCCACCUCGCCCUCGACACUUCCUCCGGCCAGUCGGUCCCAUUUUGCGGCCGUUCGUCCGGGUAGCGAUGGUCUCGAAGCAUUCGGAGGCAGAGCCGUUUCCACGGGCAGUUCUUCCCGCGGUGCAGGCGUCAAGCUUUCAAAGUCGAAAAUGUCGGCCAUUGAUCCGAUCAUCCUCGACCAGGAACUGAAGCGCGAAGAGGCCAUCGCUGCGGCCUUUGUCGCGGGGGGAGGAAGAGGAGGGAGGGGUGGUUUGAUCACUUCGACGCACGGGAAAACGAAGCCGACGGUUGCAGCCACAACUACCGGAUAUGCACCGGCCCAGACGACGACAUCUGCCACGAAGGUGCAGAUCGCGCGCAAGACGAGCCUGAGAUCACCCACGUCCAGAUCGAGCAGCAUCUUGGUCGGGUCGCCCGUUUCCCCUGCGACUCCACAAAGACUCUCCAUCGACAUCGCCUCGUCCCCGCCCUAUGAAACUUUGCCUCCCACCAUAGAGGAUGAGGGACCGAUGAUGCGACCCUCCCAAAUCUUGUCAGAGCUCUCUGACGUCGCACAGCACACCUCGGAUCCAUCGCGCUUGAUCCACCUUAUGCGGAAACUCGCAAAGAGCGUUGCCACCUACCCUUUCCCACCGCCUGCGCUUGCGGCUGCCCCCCUUUCCCAGGCACUUGCCUCCCAUCCGACCUCUCCUGCCGCCGAGGCCGGUGACACGACGCCGCCGCACCUGCGUCGAGCGGCACCAACCCCGACGCCCGUGCAAAUUUACCUCUCGCAGUCGCGCUGGCUAUCGCCGCACUCGCCCCCAGCACUCAGAGAGGCCGUUCUUGCGCUCUUGGUCGCUUCGAUUGAGGCGAGUCAAAGUGCCACGGGAGGAAUGAAGGAGACGGACAAGGCCAUCUAUUGGGAAGAGACGAGACGCUGGGCCGAGGAAGGCAAAGUACAAGCUGACGACGGACUCGGUGGUCGACGCUGGAUGCUCCCCGACGCCGAGCGUGAACUCCUUGUGAUGGUACUGUCGAUCAUGACGAAACGCGGACGCGAUCUGUCCGACGUGCCCGGUCUUGUCGCUCUGUUGUGCCACUUUGUCACCGAAUCUCUACCGACCCCGCGCCCGCCUUCACCUCUGUUUGACCUGACACUACAAACCCCGCUCGUGCGCAAAUCAGCUUCGAUGCCACCGUCCAAGCAUACCAGCGCCCUCGCACUACUGACGGCAUUGCAUCGCUUCUCGGCCCCGUACGUCUAUGCCAACUCGACUCGACUGGCGCUGAAAGCGAUGCUCGAGGUCGCCAGGCUACAAGACGAGGACGACAUCGGCGGAGUCCAGGCGAUGGACGAACACGGCAAUGCGACGUGGUCUCUGUCGGACGAUUCGAAGGACGGCAGCAUGCUGGGCUUCUUGACGGCAUUGAUCCGUCAUGGCGAGGUGGCAGGAAAACGAGAUGCCCAUUUCCAGGCGCAGAUUGACGACGAGCGCGACUUUGACCCGGAGGGCGCAAGCUUGGACAGUGACGAACUAUUGCGUGAGAUUGUUGCCGUCGUGGCGCGCAUUAUUGGCUUGGAAGGUCAUGUGCGAGUUGUGGACCUCAUCGACGGCGACUCGACACCACCUUCGACGCAUGACCGGGCGACCCGACCCAGCGAGCUGCCUCCUCGAGCUCAACGUCUCAUGACCGAGCUCAUCAGAUCGCCGGCCAACCAGGCACUCAAAUCACUACGUAGCUCGUUGAUCGCCCCGCCGGCGACCUCACCGCGGCCUCUGCCUCCCGUGUUACUGCUGGUCGGCACCUUGAGAUCGCUCCGCAAGGCCCUCGACGACCACUCCAAGGAGGUGGAGACAAGCGUUGAGCGUCGCGCGGACUCCAUCACAAAGACUCCGAGCUGGAGUGACCACCGACUGCCGAACUUGCUCUCGCUGGGUCUGCCUUACCUCUGGAACGGAAUGCGUCGAGCCAUGGAGUGGCAGUCCGCCCCGAUCGACGCCGAGGUGCUCAAGUUGAUGGAUGAUCGUCUGGAGGCUAUGGAUCGACUUGCCCGCAAGAUCAAGGACGUGAGGAAAGCAGGUGCCGGCGGUACCGCGAGCAAUUUGCUGGCUCCGAAUGGGAUGCGAGAGGGAGGCCUUCACCAAGAGGGUCCGGAAGACGAGGGGGAGCAGGGUGUCGGCUACGAAGAGUGGGACAUGACGAUUGACCUGCUCAUGGCGACCAAAUGGCACAUCGACACCUGGGAGACGACCAAAUUGAAGUCCUGGACGCUUGAAGAUGAAGGUCUGUCAAUGAGCCGCGGAUCCGAACGUAAUAUACGUCUGACGCGUAAAGCUUCACCCUGUGUACAGAUGAUCCCAACGAGAGCAGCACAGGUGGGAUUACGCGGAAAACACCCGCCGCGAGGUAAUUGAGCUGACCCGAAUUCAGCCCCCGUUAACACAGAUAUUUCUGAAGACGAAGAGAGCCGCGACGAGCUCGCUCCAGCCUCGUCAUCGGGUCACACUUGGCGACAGCCCGAAGUUCUCGAAGUUUUUGCUGCUUUGCUGCGGCGACUCAUCCGGGCGUGGCGCCACGAGGACGGCUUCUCUGGACCAUCGGAGCGAGUCCUCGCGCUUCUCAUCUCCCUCGCAUCGCACUUGCCCGAAUCGUACGCCCUCCACGUGCUCGAGCAAAUCGAGGCGCACGCCCUUUGUCUACCCACACGGACGGAAUGGCUAGAUCGCACACAAGAGAUCCUCAAAGCGUUUUACGUCUCGCCAUCACGAGGCCAAGGAAGCGUGCGCGUACUCUAUCCUGGGGCGACAGCUUCGGUUCGACGCCGAACGCUGCAGCUGGUCUCGUCACUGCACUCGCAGCUGCAUCAUCAGCGCGAGCAGCGCGAUGCGCUGGUCAGCACCAUCAUCCUACCGCUACUUGAGACGAGCUUCGAGGUCGAAACGGACGCCGAAGUCGCCGAGGUAAUGAUCACUCUCUCCAACGAGGUGGUUCGCGACAGCCUCGGCACCGAGGAAGAUAAUUCGGGGGGUCCGCUCGGUCCGUUCGAUCGACUCCGUUUGCUGCUAGUACGCAAUGCCAAAGGAUCUGUCCGACCCUUUGACCGCUACUCGACCUCUGCUCCGACGACGCCUAAAGCGAGACGAACAAACCUGGCGUCCCUGUCUCGGUACCACAAGGACAACUCGCCCUCGGCAAUGAGGUCGUCACCGUCCAUCUCGGCUCCCGUCGCCACCCCUUCGAUCGCAGGCUCGACAACGCAGGAACCAACCGAUCUAUCGCACGUAGCCGUCAUGGGCCUCAUCACAAUGUUCCACGUUUGUCUCGAGACAUCGACGUGCGAGUCCUCGGAAAAGGGCGUGCAGAUCUUCCGCGACCUCUUGGCCCUGCUCAGUCCGGCCGCGGCGCCGACUUCCGAUACCUUGACGGAUUACGCGAUCCCACUGCGCACUCGCAUGCUCAUCUUGACGUGGCUCGUUCGACUGCGCGCCGAUGCAUCUCACCGUAUUCAAUGGGUCCACGACGUCGACAUCACGAGCGCGGCCACCGCUCUAUACCGCGCCGAACAAGCGAACGGGCCUGCCAUGGACGCGCUCAACGGCGCGAUGGAGGACGGAUCACGCGGCCGUUCCGGGCGUGGAUCAGCACCUCCGAGUGAGCGGUCGGCCAGCGCAAGUCGUGCACGAAGAGGCAAUGAUGAUCGAAGCCCGAGUCGCAUGGGCCGUCGCGGAACCCAGACCCCUGCCACGCUGGCUGGCGUUGUGAUCGCGACCGGACCUCCACUAUGGGCCGUACCAGAGACCUUGCCUUUCGAAUUUGGCUCUCUAUCGUCCUCGUUCGGCGCCGAGGGGCUCGUGUCGUUCGACCAUCACCGUAUGCGCUACUGGACCGAGGAGCAGGACCCAGGAACGGGUCAAUUCGUCGCCAAGGAGAUUGUCGAUCCCUCCGCCGCCUCCGACCCCGAGGCCAAGGUCGUCGUCUUGCCCGUCUCCGAGUACCUCUGCGUAGUCAACCAUCUCCUCGCGCACGAUCAAGAGUGGGAGCUGCUCUCCUACCUGCUGUGUCAUCUGCCGGAGCAGCUCAGCAACAAGCACUUCGCUGCGGGUCCUCGCGCAUCGCUGCAAAUCUACACCCUGCUCAAGCAUCUCUGCUUUGGUCUGAGAUCGAUCGACCGGCCGUGGCCCAACAUCUUACCCAUGGGAGUGAAGCGUGCCGAGGCACAAGCUGUGACGUAUCAAAUUUUGACGGCCCUCAUCGCGUAUCGAAGUCUGUUCAGUCGCCAGCAACAGCACGAGAUGGUCGAAACGUUCAUGUGCGGCCUCAGCAACCCGCGCGACUUGGCCAAGCCGUGCAUCCACGCUCUCAGCAUUGCCUCGUUCGAGAUGCGCCCCUCGGUCACCAAGCACCUGUCCGAGAUCGUGCGCAACUUGCAGAAGAUCAUCUCGUCAGCCGAACUGGGUGUACACAUCCUCGAGUUCAUAGCCGGGAUCGGCCAGCAGCCGUCUGUGUACUCCAACUUUACCGACGUUGAUUUCCAGACGGUGUUUGGCAUCGCGCUCAAGUACAUCCAGGCCCAUAAUGAGCGCCUGCUCGACGCCCCGUUGACCGCAGAGGACGAGGAGGGCAUCGAGUAUGCCUUUUCGCAGUACGUCUUCCUGCUCGCGUACUACUGCAUCGCCGCAUGGUUCCUAGCGUUGCGCCUUUCUGAACGGCCCAAGUUCGUGCCGUUCCUCACCCGUCGUCUGGUGCAAGCGAACGAAGGCAAGCCCGAGGUCGAUGAAGCCACGGAGGUCUGCUUCGACAUGAUCGCUCGUUACACCUACACGAAUGCCGACCCUCGAGCGCGCGCAUCCUCCUUCGACGAUCUCUUGACGGGGGAGACUCAGCCCGCGCUCGGCGUUGGCCCUACCCUGCCUUCAAAGUCGUGGAUCAUUGGCACCGCUACGAUCACGAUCAGCAACAUCAAGAUGGCCGGUUGGGUGGAAGUUACGAUCCGCCGAGCGUCGGGCAUUGUCAAAAUGAUGUGGGAGCUGCAAAAUAUUACAGGCGUCAAAUCGUCGUCGGAUGCGGAGCUCGUUAGCAUGUACAUGCGUCACCGGGAGAACGCAGGGAUCUCAGGUGCCGAAACAAUCGAAGCAUCAGCAGCGUCCUCUCAGGAUCCGACGGGAAUGGCUCCUGCUGCACCCAAAUUAGACUCGGCGGUCGUCGAAGCCGUCAACUUGGCCCAUGCCGCUUCCCUGCCGCCCACCCUCGAAUCCGGCUUGCUCACGGUCGGCCCCGAAUUCUUUGCGCUGCAACUGUCGCGAUUUCCCGAGCUCGCGCCCAGCACGACCCCGAUCCUCAUGCCCGACGAUCCGGCCUAUGGGCGGGCUCUGCGUAUGCUCGAUCGCGUCCCCGUCGUAGAUUUGCACAAAAUCGGUGUGCUCUACGCUGGGCCGGGGCAGUUCACCGAGGCAGAGAUCCUCGCCAAUACCCACGGUUCGAAGCCCUACAUCGAGUUCAUUUCUGAGCUCGGUCAACUGUGGCGACUCAAGGACCAUCCUCAGUACUGUGGAGGCCUUGAUCGCGAGCAAGACUUUGACGGCAAGUGGAUGUACGUUUGGGACGACGAUAUUGCCCAGAUGUUCUUCCACGUCGCUACUUUGAUGCCCACGGAUCUCGAGCGGCACCCACGAAGCGAGCGCAAGAAGUCCCACAUCGGCAACGACUUUGUCAAGGUCAUCUUCAACGAGUCCGGGGGCGAGUUCGCCUUCGACACCUUGCCGAGCGAGUUCAACUUUGUCAUAAUUGUCAUCCAGCCGCACACGCCUGCAGGGAACCCUUGGCUCGCGCCGGGGAUGACCAGCAACGCUCAGUUCUUCAAAGUCACGAUGCAGUGCCGUGCCGGGAUGCCCGAGAUCGGACCCCUGGGCUCUUUCAAGAUGGUUGCCGGCUCAUCGCUACCCCACGUCGUUCGACAACUCGCCUUGCACAGCAAUAUUUUUGCCCAGAUCUACCUCGCGACGGUCGGCUUCGAAGGCGGCCACGGCAAGACGCAGAGGAUCGGCUACGUCUCGAACUGGCGACAGCGGCUGCAGCAAAUCAAACAGCUCAAGAAGAGGAUCAACGACCAGCGCGGAACUGCGCCACCCUCAACGCAGGGUCAGCGACUCAACGUCGAGGAGGCCGAGCUGGCGAGGCUGUUCACGAGUUGGCUCUAG